UUCCACACAAGCCGGAGUCAGUGGUCACUGCAAGAUGCUCACGAUCGUCAGACAUGUGGGCAGUAAAUGCCACACAUGUCACAUAGAAAUAGCCGGUGUUUUCCAGAUGACUCGGGUAGCAGCUUUUAAAAAUCUUACACUACCCAAGCAAAAAGAAAUAGAUUUGCCUGAAAAAUAUCGCCGUCUGUACAUUGGUGACAAGACCCCACAGUUUGUCCAAGGAAAUCAACAAGUUGGUGCUUUCAAAAUCAGGAGGCUUCCCAGGGACUUGUCAUUGAUAAGGGGACCAGAACUCAUCCACAACAAGUUACAGUAUGGGCAUAUAGGAAUACAGGCUUUGAAUGGUGGUUAUCUUCAGUACGCUCACAUGAACAACAUUCGUACCACAUUAAAUCGUUUCAUCGAUGAGAAAAAGAGUUAUGCAGUAUGGAGGAUAGAAUAUCCAUGGCGUCCUUACACCAGGAAACCAGCAAGUGUGCGUAUGGGAGCUGGUAAGGGUGCUAUUAAAGACUUCUCUGUCCCAGUCAAGGCAAACAGAAUGUUGUUGGAAGUAGGUGGAGAUAUUGAACUACAAAAACUCUGGCGCGUCCUAAAACAUAUCUCUGGACAAACACCCAUGAAUUCGCGGGUUGUUACUACAGAGCUGCUGAAACAAGAGGCAGAAGUGGCAGAGAAACUAACGAAAACUAACGUAAAUCUUUUCAGCUUUGGAGACUGUGCACGGAAAAACUAUAUGGGUAUAAAAAAAGAGAUGAGUCCAUAUGAUUUUAUUUGGCAUGGCAAGUAUAAGUAAAUACUGGAUGGUCUUUGAUUGAAUGAAUGUAAAUUAGUUUUGUAAUGAAUGAAAAAUAUCUUUAUGUAUGAAAUCAGGAAGUCAUUAAAGUUUUAUUGACGAAAGAAUUAAAGAGAUUGCUUAUCAUUUC